ACAUGUCUGAUGUCUCUCCUGCUGGCCAUUCACCAGUACAGAGACAAUAGGAUGGCCCAUAACACUGCCCUACUGCAGAAACAAGUGGAGGAGCUGUCAGGACUGCAGCGUGGUUGUCUGUUGUCAUCGGGCCAGGUGCUGCCCAGUGAGUGUGUCAGUGGGCUGGCAGGAGACCCCAACACUAUCCCUGCACUCACAGGAACCAUCAUCUCUCUACUGGUCCAACUUGCCUGUGUUGAUGAUAGCAGAGAGGUUCUCCAGAGCAGUUAUAACCUGACCAGCACUCUGGCCUCCAUCAUCCACUACCACAGCGGCACCCCCAGGGAGCUGUUGGUACUACAGUACAACACCCGGAUAAUCCACUGUGCCAACUAAAUCUAUGACGCAGACUUUCUCAUGACCAACAUCCAGUUGCACAAUGGUGACAUCAUCAUGCUGUGCCUGGGUCUGAAGGCUAACCUGUGUCACUACAACCUGUCGGUACAGACUCACAUCAAAGCACGGAGUAAUGUCAAGGCGUUCUACCGUACCCUGAUUACCUUCCUGGCCGACAACGUUUUGACGGUGGUGGUGUUCGCUCUCUCCAUACUGGCCAGCCUCACUCUCAAUGAGGAGGUGGGGGAGUAGCUGUUCCAUGCUAAGAACAUCCACCAGACAUUCCAGCUGAUCUUUAACAUCAUCGUCAACGGCGACGGAACCCUAACCAGGAACUACUCUGUUGACCUACUGGUGGACCUACUGAGGAUGCAGAUAGCUGACUACCUGACCAGGUAUGAACACUUCUCAGUGUGCGUAUCCCAGGUGUUGGGUCUGCUACAUGUCAAAGACCCGGACUCUGCUGCCAAGGUGUUGGAGCUGCUCCUGGCUCUGUGUGGUUGGUCAGGCCUAAGGUCUCUGCUGUGUGAGGUCGUGUUCCGUCCCGUCGCCCCACGGCUGCGAGCUGCAAGCUGCAGACAGGGGGCGGGCCUAGACGCAGGCCAGAAAACCGAGCCGGGCUUAGCUCUCAUCCAAUGGCUAAGCUCUCCAGCUGACGGGGAGGAGUCAUGCUGUCUACAGGCGCUGCAGCUGCUGACUGAACUACUGGAGGUACGGCAACCCAACGUGGACGAGGCGUUGGCAUGGUGUCCGUGCAGGUUGAGCUCCCAGGUCUGUCUCUCUCAGGUUCAAAUACUGCUCUCCUGUUGCCAUAACAAUGACCCCCUCACCAGCCACGACUGCAGCCUCAGUCAAGUGUGUGGUGAGGCGGUGUUGAAGACUCUGGAGUUGAUGAGUAAACUGAGACAGAAGGUGAAAGACAUGGAGACCAGCUUCUACAGAAUACUACAGGACCAGAGGAUGGUCACAUUCCUCUCUCUGGCUCUCACGUUCAAUCACUAAGAACAUGUUCAGACUGGGCUUCGUCUACUGUUUGAGGCCACGCCUCUCCCAGACUUCUGACUGAACACAAACAUAAACAAGCACAAUUAAAUCAAAUGUUAUUUGUC